AUGCCCGGACACGGCGAACACUCACCAGGUGUGAAGGAAACAAAUGUUGACGUGGCUUCAUCGUCUUCAGCCUCUUCAAUUCUAGAAGAGCGUAAAAAGUAUUACAUCAGUCAGGCGCUCUUUGAAACCCUGCAAGGCAAGGGAUUCAGCGAUAAUGCCAUCAAGAAGUCCAUAGUUGCGGGCUGCAUGGAUGAUGGCACCUGCACACAGUGGAUCACAAUGCAUGAAGGCCACCCAGAGCUGGACACCCCUUUGGAGGAGGGUGUAGAGGUGGUUGUCAAGAUCAAACGUAUUCUCACCGAGGUUGAGCGUGAGGCUAAAGUGCGCGAAUUGAGGGAAAAAGCCAAGGCAAAGGUUGAGGAGGAGAAGCGGCUCGCUGCUGAAAAGGAGCGAGAGCGCAUUGAGAUGGGCAGGAGAGCUAUUGAGACCAAAGAAAUGCUCGACAAACUUCGACGGGAAUCCGAACUCGCAGCAGUGCGGAAACAGAAGGAAGAUGACGCCAUCGCCAGACGCCGGGUGAGGGUGCAGUUACUUGCUGACAAGUAUGCGCGUCAGGGGAUGGCGAUGGAGGAGGCGUUCCGCGUUGCCGAGCUGGAGGUUGAAGAGACUGUACGCCAAAGACGCCAGGAGGCUACCCAUGUGGAGGGGAAGGACGUGCAAAAUGCAAGAGAAGGUGCCCCGAAAACAUCUCCGUGGGAUGUUGACGGCAUCAUCGCACAAAACGUCUCUCUUACUGACGUUUUUGAUAAACCUUUUGAGCCGCCGUCUUCUUUACCCCGUUUGGUUGAUGAGUUGCGCAAUCAUAAAGACGCUGCUGUUGCUUGUCAGUGCAUUGCGGUGCUACUAACCAUUUUGGGAAAUAUACUUAAGAGUCCCUUUGAUACUACGAAGCGCUCAUUAAAAACAACAACAAGUGUUUUCUGUACAAAAAUUGCUCCCGUGCCCCCUGCCAUCCAAAUCCUGCGCACAUGCGGGUUUCAGCUCGCCACGGACGCGAAUGGGAAUGAGUCAAUGGUGUCAACCAUAGUUGUGAUUCGCGUGAUUGAACGAGCGAUUGCUUUACUGCAGAAUGAGGUGUGA